AUAAAAAGAAGAGAGUUGGAAAUAGAGAGAGAGAAAGAGAGAGGGGAAAGGGGGCUAGAGAGAGAGAGAGUGAGAGGUGGAGAAGAUGAGCAAAGCUUGAGAUAUUUGGGUGUGGGAAUAGCUUUGUGAGAGAGGAGAUCGUUGUCGGGGUUGGGAGCUCGGAGCAUGCAAAUCCGGUGGGUUUGACUAAAUUAUCCGGCGAAUUAUGAUGGAUUUCCGGUGAUGAGAGAUGGGAUUAGAGUCCUGUGUGUAGCUGAUUUGUUGGUAGGUAGUUUUAUUAGAUAUGGAUAGGAAUAGAGAUGCGAGAAGGUCAGCUAUGGCGGCCCCAAAUGGCCUGUCACGGCGGAGACACAGAAGUAGCAGCCUCAGAGACUCUCCAGAGGACGAUGGUCCGGUGGAGUUACCAGAGACGUCGAGGCUCAGAGAUCGGAAGAAGGAUCGAGAGAGGGAUCGAGAGAGGGACCGAGACCGGGACCGGGACCGAGACCGAGACCGCGAUAGGGAUCGGUUGAGCCGGAGCAAGAGGCGGAGAGGCGAUAGGUUGAUGCACGGAAGCAAUAGAGAAGACGGCGGCGACGAUAGUUCCGAGGAGAGUGUAAACGACGAAGACGAGGACGAAGACGACGGAGGUGUGGUCGGCGGCGGUGGGUCGUCAAUUCGGAUGCUUCCGCCGAACCACCCAUCGUCAACGGCAUCUCUAUCGUCGUCGAUGUUAAAUCACCGGAAGAGCUUCUCGCCGGUUCAUAAUCUUAAUAGCAACAAGCAUUUCAGGCCGCUCACGACUUUGAAGGUCACCGACGAGAUGAUUGGCGUUUCGGUGCCCCGAAAAGCACGGUCAGCGUCGACGAAGAGGUCUAACGAAUGGCCUUCAAGUUGCGGUGUUGUCGGAGACCAAAUUCACCGCCAGGCUUCAACAUCGCCUGUUCGGCCAAGCGCGUCGCUGAUGGCUGGCCCGGCUCCCACUUCGCCUUCUUCUUCUCACGCCUCGGUUGUCCGGAAGAGGCUGAAGCCAAACGGACCCAAACUUCGGCCGCCGAAGAUAUCGUCGUCGACCAAGACGGCGUCGUCCAAUCAGGAUGAGAUAGAAAGAGAGAUCGCGGCGGUGUUGUACGGGAUGAAUAGGCAGCCGCAGGGGCCGACGAAGCAAGAAGUUACCACCACCGAUUCGAUUAAGUUCGAAUCCAGAGAAGCCAACAACAAAUCUACCAGCGACGCCAAAUCAAGAGUUUCGUCGCCGAUCUCGAACUCGCCGUGUGUGGUUCCUCAGUUGACGUCGCCUUUCCCUCAGAAUUCUGGCUCCUCUGUCACUUCCAUGUCCGCCGUCGCACCCAAGAGGAAAAGACCGCGACCCGUGAAGUAUGACGACGAGAACCCGGCAGUUCAAAACAGUCCCAUUUCUUCUACGGCCAAAGUGGUGGCUGAUCAGCCUGCUAAGGUUGAGACUUCCGGUCCGAAUUUGGAAAAAAACCCAGGAUCUGCAGCUGAAAAUGGCGGGUCUUUGUAUGAUUUGCCCCACUCUCAAGCUGUUCCGGCAUCGCAGGAGGCUCAGCCGGAGUCAAUUAGGCCGGAGAGCAACGCGGUGUCAAAGUCAAGGCCAGCGAACGAUGAAUCGGAGAGUCGAAAUGUUAAAACGAGCAAGGAGGAACCUCAAUCUCCCGAGAAGGAACCUACUGGCCUCAGAUUGGAUGAUAAAUGUGAAGAAAUCACACUGACCAAACCGAAUUCAACAAUCCCAGAGGUUGAAAACCACCGAGAAGAAAAGUUCCAGAUAGAUCUGAUGGCUCCUCCAGAAAGGGAUGGUGAAGUUGAUUUUAUCUCCGUAGAUGCAGAAACGGAAUUAAAAGCUGUAAGCCGAGAAGAUGACAGCAAAGCUCUGAAAAUUGGCAACAAUGAAGAAGUGCAGCCUACAAAUUUGGAAACUGAGAAGCCAAAAGCAGCCGUGGAAGAAGCAGAAGCAGCUGAUUUGAAAAAGCAGACUUCUUCCAUUGUUGGUGGGAAAGAAAGGAAUUUUGAUCUGCAGCUUGAUUUGGAGAAGACUGAUAGUAUUAGUGGAAACAAGCUGCCCCAAAAUGGCGCUAAGCAUAACAAUGAGAAAACUGUGCAAUCGGGCUCUGUACCUUUGCCGAUGUCUGUGGCCGGUUGGCCGGGCGGGCUUCCUCCAAUGGGCAGAUAUAUGGCGCCUUUACAAGGAGUUGUAUCCAUGGAUGGGAGCACCGUUUCUUCAGCUCCGAUACAACCGCCACAUUUGCUUUCUAAUCAACCUCGGCCAAAGAGGUGUGCAACCCAUUGCUACAUUGCGAGGAAUAUAUUCUAUCACCAGCAAAUGUCAAGGAUGAAUCCUUUCUGGCCGGUAGCAGCUGGUUCGGGAUCUCUGUAUGGGGGAGCCAAGCACAGCAAUCCCAAUGUAUUACCUCCAGAAUUGCUUGGCAAUAUUCCAGGUAGAGGGGUGAAUCCUGCACAGGAGAAGGGGCAGGGGAUUUCUAUGUUUCCUGCUCAAUCUGCGAAGGACAAAACUUCACAAGCAGCAAACCUUGUGGAUGCUGCGCAGAGAAAGCCAAUUGUGCUCCAGCAAGGUCUACCUCCCGGGGCACCUAGUAAUAUCUUGCAUGGUCCUGCUUUCAUUUUCCCAUUGAGCCAGCAGCAGGCAGCUGCUGCUGCUGUUCGACCAGGGUCUGUGAAGUCUCUUAAUGCUGCUGGUGCGGCUUUGUCCGGUGCACCUACCUCCUCUUCAUUGAGUGCAACAGCUGCCACUGCUGCUGCAGCUCCAGCAAUGAGUUUCAACUACCCAAAUAUGGCUGGAAAUGAACCCCAGUAUUUGGCAAUUUUGCAGAACAACGCAUAUCCAUUUCCAAUGCCGCCUCAUGUAGGUGCACAGCCAGCCUACAGAGGACCCCAUGCUCAAGCAAUGCCUUAUUUUAACGGGUCUUUCUAUUCUUCUCAAAUGCUCCAUCCUUCUCAACUACAACAGCAGCAGCAGCAACAACCACCGCCGUCUCAAUCACAGCAAAGUCAACAAGGUCAUCCAAACACUACUAUUUCAAGUGGUUCUUCGUCGUCCCAGAAGCAUUUGCAAAAUCAGCAGCAAAGACCACAUCCAAGUGUUGUCAAUGGCAGCAGCGGGAGCUUGCAAGGCUUUCCUGCCUCAAAAAACCAACCUUCGCAAGCAAUACAGCCGCAGCAGCAGCAAACGCAGAACCUGCAUGCUUCACGUCAACUUGAACCUGAAAUGGGUGGCGAAGACAGCCCGUCAACUGCUGAUAGUCGUGGCUCUCGUGCGAACAUGAGUAUUUAUGGUCAGAAUUUUGCAAUGCCAAUGCACCCGCCAAACUUUGCUUUGAUGACACCUUCAAUUGGAAGUGUCAGUGGUGCAACAGGUGCAAGUGGUAGUGAAAAGAAGCAGCAGCAGCAGCUACAGGGUUCAAAGGCUGGGGUUGAAGCAUCCCAAACUUUCGCCAUGUCUUUUGCUUCCUUAAAUGGUGCUACCGCUGCUCCUGGCAUUGACCUAACAUCGAUGAAUCAUGCAUUUCUCCAGAGCUUGCCAGAUGUUACUAGGCACAACUAUCAUCAGUACAUGGCUGCGCCUGCACAACAGAAGAAGAAUUAUCGUGUUCCAGAAGAAGGGAAAACCGGAGGAGGCGAUUCCUCUAAUGUGGAAGAGGAAAGAAAGGUCAUGGUGGGGAAAGCUUCAUCAACUGUUGGACACUCCAUUGCUUUUUCCAGGCCAGAUAUCACUGAUACAUCUGGUUCUACAAUACCGGGCAACAAUGUGAUUGAUAGUUCAGCAAGAGCUGUUAACCUCACCUCUACUCCUGUCCGAUCGUCCAGUUCUGCUAUGCCAGCUGCUGUCAUCCCUGCAAAUGCACCGGCACCCCAGCAACAAAUGCGGAAUCACCAGCAACAGCAGCAGAUGAAUCAGCUUCAUAAGCAGCAAUUUUCUGCGGCUGUAGCUCGAAACAAAACGCCAACGACGAGUAAUGGCAGCGUGUACUCUGAUCACCUCCCUUCAACCUCUUCUAUGGCUGCGAAAUUUCCUAAUGCUCUAUCUUCAUUCCCCCAAAACCUUGUCCAAAGCAGCACCAGUCCAGCUCAAUCUCCACAGUGGAAGAAUUCUGCGAGGACAACCACUUCCCAAGUUCCUUCAUCAUCUCUGGCCUCGCCAACCUCAUCGUCCCUCAAAAACCUCCCUCAGAAGCACGGGCGGACACAACAAAGCCACACACAGAUUUCAUUUGCUGCCAGCACGAAGGCUUCAACCCAAUCUCAAGGGUUACAGCCUGCCAGUAGCAAUCAGUCUCCAUCUCCUCCGGUAAUGGUCGGUUCGCCCACAACCACAACCUCAUCAAUGGCGAAGAGUGCUGGUGGAAGCCCCAGGACAACUAGUUCGACUUCCACAGGAAAUAAAGCUGGCCAAGUAUCGUCUUUGUCAUCUCAGCAGGCCAAGAACUCACCAACAGUGCCCAGUCAGAAGUCGUCUCCUGUUGGCGGGAGGAAUGUCCCUUCGAUUCUAGGCCACGCCCAUGUUACGUCUUCGAGUGCUGGUACGAAGCCACAAUUGCAUCAGCAGCAUCAGCAGCAUCAUCAACAUCAGCACCAACACCCGCAACAACAGCACCAGCAACAACAGUUCUCUAAGCAAUUGCUUCAGCAAGCGCAUUUGUUCUUCUCUAAUACCUGCAUGCAGCCCCAAGCUUCACAUUCCAAUAGUAACACCUCUACUCAAUCUCCUUCAAGUGGGUAUUACCAUGGUCCAAGACGCCGACCCGAGCAACAGCAGCAGUCACAAGGCUCAUCUGGGACUUCCUCGAGUGGGAUGUUGUCACUCUGCCCUCCCGUUUCACAUUCUAAUAUGAGCACCAAUGAUCCUGCAAAGGCGGCAGCUGCUGCAGCUACCAACAACAUGAAGGGCGGUAACUUAUCCUCUCAGGCUCUUAUGCGUGCUCAGUUUGCUGCAGCACAAUCCUCCGGGCCACUCCAGCUUGUACCUGCAGGCUUCACUUAUGUACAUGCUGCUGUUCCUACUGCGGUCCAGGUAAAACCGGCCGAACAGAAGAAACAACCCGCGGGUGAGUAGAACAGUUAUCCCUCGGCGCAACAUUGCAACCCCCAUAAAAUCGACAGAUGAAAAACUGGAAAGGGAAGCUGAAAUCAGUUUUGGUGGGCGGGGAUUGUGUACUAAUGAAGGGAAAGCUUGAUUCUUGCCCAAGGAAACGAGAAUUUGCAUACUCCCUCUGGCAGCCUAAGAAGAAGUGGAAGAAGAAGCAAGCACAAGACACCGGGAAGGUCUAGGUGGAAUACGGAAUUUGAACCCACAAUUUUGGGAUGAAAGUUUAACAGGUGGGGGUAAAAUUGUCCUAUUGAAAAGAGUAGUUUUUGUGUCUACAAUCUGACAGGGUUGAUGGUGAAAGUCUAAUUAAAUUUGAUUGGUUUGAUGAGAGGAUAGGAUGGGAAAUUGCAGGAAAAGUUGGGAUCUUUUGUUGGGGCAGAAAGAGGGAGAACGGCAAAGGAGGAUGUAACAGAGGUGUUCUAUUUUUCCUUUCUUUUUGGGAGGUUUAAAUUUCCAGAAAGGGCAGUAGAACUUUUGACAUAUUUUAUAUGAAAGGGGUGUAAUGUGCAUGUCUUAGUGCAUAUAAUGGUAAAAGCCUUUUGGGAA